AUGAAUAGUUUACUCAAUUUUUUUUCAUCUUCAUCUUCUAAGGUUAACUUAGUUGACUACUUAAAGGAAACAAUAGACUAAGCUAAAAAGAACUCUUCUUCAGAGGAAUUCACCUUAGUUUUAAACUUUAAGGAUAGAUUUGGAAACGAAGAUGGUACAAAAUACUUGGCUUAAACUUUGCAAUAAUGUUAGAAUAUUAGUAGACUUCAUUUAGAAUUAAGAGAUGAUAGAAUUCCAGAUGAAAAAAUGAUUAUUCUAUUAGAAUAAAUCCAGACUAUGAAAAAUUUAAAGCAUCUCUCAUUAAGCUUAGGCCAUAAUUACUUAAAAGAAGCUUCAGUCAAAAGAAUUGGAUAAACUAUUGGAAAUUUAACUUAAUUAGAAUCAAUCAAUUUAAAAUUUGAUUCAAUCUAAAUAGGAUAAUAAACUGUAGCUGCCCUUACAGAGGGAUUUAACAAAUGCUAAAAUCUUACAAACUUAAAUCUCAAUUUAGACUAUUGUAAUAUAUAGGACAGUGGUUUGUAAACUCUCUGCGAUGGCUUAGCACGUUGUAUUAAUCUUACCUAAUUAAAUUUAUCUUUAGGUUGUAAUGGCUUUUCACAAUACCCAAAUUAGAUGAUAUCUUAAAUGAUAGGAGAAGGUCCUUAUCUUGAGUAUCUUAAAAGUUUAGAAGAAACUUUAAAAAAACAUAAGUUAACUAAUUUUACAGCUAAUUAUUGGUGA